GGUUUAUAAAUGAGGUCGUCUUGGCUUGAUUUCCUCCAUGACCGUCGCGGUUCUAGGUCUAGCGCCACCUAGUGACCAAAGUACAGUACACAAAGAUUGCGUAAGAACUAUUGCCGUGCGGACGUUGCUUUAGAGUUUUACUCACUACACCACGUCACCGUAUAUCGUGUGAUCCGAUGCCUGAAGUUUCGGCUGGAAUCGAGAGAGAGCUUCGUAGAUGCACAGCUCAGUUCAGUAGCGGCAAGAACUACAGUGCAUUGCCAGUGUAAUAAUAAAAACUGGGCCGUUUCUUUGAUGAUUCUGUCCAGAUUGUUUAGUCCAUUGAAAUCGUUCAACCGUGGUCUGGUUUGGGGUAUUACCAAAGUAGCAAAUAUGAGCAACGACCAGUACCACCACAACCGGCCCUAUCAAAAGAAGAAUGAAGAGUUAAAAAGUCGUCUUGUGUGGGUUGAUUUAGAGAUGACUGGUCUUGAUUUGGACACUUGUCACAUCAUUGAAAUGGCUUGCCUGAUAACAGAUCAAGAGCUCAACGUUGUUGCGGAGGGACCCAACAUCAUCAUUCACCAACCCGACGAGAUCCUUGACAAGAUGAACGAUUGGUGCGUCCAGCAUCAUACAGCCUCUGGUCUGGUGGAUGCCGUGAAGGCCAGUAAGAUCACUCUCCAACAAGCAGAGUAUGAGAUGCUUUCAUUCGUCAGGGAGUACACCUACCCCAAGCUCUGUCCUCUGGCGGGGAACAGCAUCCAUGUCGACAAGACGUUCUUGGUGAAGUACAUGCCACAGUUCAUGGACCACCUGCAUUAUAGGAUCGUGGAUGUCAGCACUGUUAAAGAGCUCUGCAGGAGGUGGUAUCGUGAGGAAUACGAAGCCGGGAACCAGAAGAAAGGAUCUCACAGAGCGAUGGGAGACAUCAAGGAGAGUUUAGAAGAGCUUCGCUAUUACCGCAGGACCAUCUUCAAGUAACGCCAAUUAAGCCAUUCCUACGAUUGCAAACUGUUCAUCAAGCAAGUCUGGCGCUCGGAGAAGACUCAGAGGUGGAGAUCUCGAAAUGCCAUACCCUGUCUUCUCGGCAGGAGUUUGUUGACCUUUUUGUCCAGAUUGAUUGAUCAAAGAAUUACUGCUCAGAGCCAGAAACUCAUUACGUACUCUGAACCCAUCGUCUACUUUGACCCGGUCAUUCCUGUAAUCGGCCUAUGAGAAUAAGACAAUGCACUAGCCAGUAGCUUAAAGGGAUAGUUGAGAUUUGGUGUAGAGGGCGCUACACAUAUUAAUUUUGUUGUGAGAUAAUGAGAAACCAAGUGUCAUAUUCGAAAGAGCAUACAAUUUAAAAGACAGAAUCAUCUUUGUUUGGUUUUGGUUACUAAAAUUCAGUUUGACCCAAACUGUACUUUCUAUACCAAAACUCAACUACCCCUUUAAGUAAGAUAAUUUGAAACCAGAGGUAAUACCCUUCUUCUCUCAACAGAUAAUGUGGCCUUGUCAUGAUCCCAGUGGAUGGUAUUAUAUGGAGGACUACUAGGACCCUGUUUCAUGACACUUGUUAUCAAUAACAUGUUACAAUAACUAUUAUCUAUAAGCUACUUAAAUUAUGGCAUUUUAUUAAAUAAGAACAAAUUUGUCAUAGAAGUUCAUCAUUUGUUGUCGAUAAUCAGUUUUAUGAAACAGGGCCCAGAGCAAUUUUACAGGCUGAAUAUAUAUAUAUCAACAUAUUUAUUGCCCUUAGUCUGUAGCCUUGCCGUGGAGCAUUUGCCCUUGGUAAUUUUCUUAUCCUCGAGUCACCUUGAGGUCCGAGCACCAAGGGUUCGGUGAACCCAUGAAUGCACUUCUGCUUCUUGAUAAUCAAUGGCUCCAUAGUAACUUAUUCUUUUAGGAUCCGACUUUAAAUUUCAAAACCUUUAGAGUCUGUCCAUGCAGGCUUUUUGUUUAAAUUUGAGUAUUGGAAGGAGGGGUGGGAGUGGGGGGCUGAUUCUAAAUUGAGGUCCCAUAUUUACCAUACCCCUGUUGUUAUUCCACAGGAUAUUACAGGUGACAACUGAGAAAUCAUGCUCCCAUCCCUCUUUUGGUUUGUUAUUACUGCAAUUACUUUACUUCCCUCCAGUUUAUUGUGAGAUGCUUUUUUUUUCUUGCAUUUAUAUAAUGAUAAUAAUACGAAACAUUUAUAUAGCCCUCCCAUCCCUAUAAUUGCAAGCCCUAAAGAUUGUAAAAAGGCUGGUGAGACAAAAAAGUAUGUUUGUGUAUUGGAGGGGGGGGGGGGGGGGGGAGGGGGUAAGGCUGCAAACAAAACAGUAAAAUAUGUAAAUACUGUACAUGUUUUCACAGUUGAAAUUUUGAUAACAUAACCUUGGGUUCUGGUGAUUUAAUGGUGUUUAAUUUGAAUUGAUUUUUAAAGUGCUUGUUUGAUUGAUUCUCCUCAGAACAAUGGUGUAUUCUUGGGUUAACUUGGCCAUUUUGAUCAGUGUCGUUUGGUCCGUUCCUUUCAAAGUAUUCAUAUGGUUGCACCAGUUGUUAAUGUGGUUUGUUCUGGUUGAAGAUGUGAGUUUUUUGAUGGUCAAGAUGAUGUUUAACUCUUUUUUUUGUUUUGUUGGGUUUUGGGUUUUUUCUUUUGUAUUACUCUGUAAUAUUUUCUCCAGUUUAUUUAUUCAAUAGAUCUUUUUUUCUCCUUUGCAUUUCUCAACAUUUACUGCAAAUUCAAUAGGAUUCUUUGACAAUCUCCCAUUCAUGUUUUUUGUUUGUUGUUUAUGUUGUUGUUGUUUAUGUUGUUGUUGUUGUUUUUUUGGGGGGUUUCUUUUGUAUUACUCUGCAAUUAUACCGUUUUUUUCCAGUUGAUUUGUUAGAUGUCUUUUUUUUCUUCGCAUUUCUCAACAUUUACUGUGAAUUCAAUAAGAUUCUACGACAAUCUUCCAUUCAUGACUACCAGAGUUCUAAAUUCUCUGUCAAUGUAAUAACGGGUGAUUAUCCUGACCCAUGAAAAUAUACCAAAACAUUAUUUUUUAUUUUUGAAGUCUUCCACUGCAUCUCAACAGUGUAAAUGAGAUUCAUAUAUUCAAGUAGUUUGCUUGCCAAAGUGUAGUGCUAUAUAACAUUUUUGAAGAACUUGCCAUUUGGUCAAAUAACGCUUUCACUUAUAACUAAAGGAAUUGUUUCAAAGGAAUUACAUACUAAUAUCAACAUCCAUACAAUCUGCCUUUUUUCAUACACUUUGACUGAUUUAUAAUAUAUUCAAAUAUUUCAAGAAUUCAAAAUAAAACAUGUACAUUGAAAAGGAAUUGGAUUGGAGCUACCCCAUAUUAGCAGCUUGAUCUUACCGGUCAUUCUAUCCUACACCUUCAAAGAUUGCCUGAAUGGUCCAUGCAAACAAAAGAAACUAACCAAAGACUGAAUGCAUACCUGCCAACCCUUCCAAAUUAUCCAGAAUAUUAUGAUUUUCUGUAUUUUUAGGAUCUACAAAUUUAAAUUGUGAAAGACCAAUUUUUUAAAAGCCAAAUUUAGCUUCUUUAAUCAUGUGCGGCGAUUUGAGAAAAUUAGAAAUUUCUAUUUCUAAUUUUCAAAUGUUGGCAGGUAUGUGGAUGUUACAUUCCUUACUUUCUGCUUGAGUUACAUAACUGUUGAUUGUGGAGGUGUCUUGGUACAGUGGUUCAUUCACUUGACUCUCAAUCUCAGAGUUGAGGGUUCAAAUCCCAGUCUGGCACUCAAGUCCUUUGGCAAGACAUUAAUCCACAUUUUGCCACUCUCCACCCGAAUGUUAAAUGGAUACCCGGUAAGAUGCCAAAGUGAUUGUAGUUUGCUUACCAUUGUGAGCAUCUGUAAAUUGGCGCCUGUCUGGAAUGCUCCCAAGGGAGUGGAGAAUGUGUGCGGCAAGCCUGAAUUUGAUGACUAGGGUAAUAAUAAACAUGUACAUUGUAUCUGUUAAGUGCUUAAAGUCGUCAUCACUGUAUUAAGAGUUUUAUAAAUGCUGAAUAUUAUUAUUGUUAUGGUGAUGACGAUUGGAUAAAGGGUAUUCAUUAUUUAUUGGCCUAUUUGCUCUAUAAAUCUUCCAAGUAUGAAGUAAAAGAUGCAAAAGCAGUCAAAUAAUAAAUGUAUUGAAACUGACAUUUAAAAAUCA